AUGAAUUCCUCGUGGACAAGGAGGGCUGGUAACGAAGCCCUGUCCUCCGAGGCGACCCAUGUGCUCUCCCCGGCUGCAGAUCCAUUCGAUGGUCCUCUGCACACCAUCGAGCCCUGGAACUUCAAACUGUUGGCGACUUUAAUGUUUUUUGUGACGUUUUUAUCUCUUUCUGAAAACUUCACCGUCCUGCUGGUGACCUACAGGUUUAAGCAGCUGAGGCAGCCUCUGAAUUACAUUAUUCUCAAUCUGUCCGUGGCCGAUUUCCUUGUGUCGCUCAUCGGCGGGACCCUGAGUUUUAUCACCAAUCUCCACGGAUAUUUCUUCCUCGGGGCCUGGGCGUGCGUUUUGGAAGGUUUUGCUGUAACUUUUUUCGGCAUUGUGGCACUCUGGUCACUAGCGGUGCUAGCCUUUGAGCGGUAUUUUGUGAUCUGUCGACCACUGGGUAAUAUCCGUCUGCAGGGAAAGCAUGCUGCCCUCGGCAUUGUCUUCAUUUGGGUGUUUUCCUUCAUUUGGACCAUCCCACCCACCAUUGGCUGGAGCAGUUACACUGUCAGUCCGAUUGGCACGACGUGUGAACCUAAUUGGUAUUCUGGAGAAUUCAAUGAUCAUUCCUAUAUUAUUGCAUUUUUCACAACUUGCUUCAUUAUGCCUUUAUUGGUUAUAUUUGUGUCUUAUGGAAAGCUGAUGAGGAGACUAAGGAAGGUGGCAAAUACUCAAGGGAGGCUGGGAGUCACAAGGAAGCCUGAGAAGCAAGUCACCAGGAUGGUAAUUGUCAUGAUACUGGCAUUUCUUUUCUGCUGGUCUCCAUAUGCAGCCUUCUCCAUAACUGUGUCCAUUUGUCCAACUAUCGAGUUAGAUCCACGGCUAGCAGCCAUACCAGCUUUUUUCUCAAAAACCGCAACAGUUUAUAAUCCAGUCAUUUACGUGUUCAUGAAUAGACAGUUUAGGAAAUGUCUCCUUCAAAUGUUCAGCCUUAGUGAACCUGACAUCAACCCAAUAGCUGAGCAUGGAAUGCGAACUGGUAACAACGAGAGAGAAAUGUCCACCAUUGCAACACGGAUGACUUCUUACAGCAAUACAGCAACGAAGCAUGAAGAGGGAAACAAACGUGAAACCUUUGCUCAGCUGCCAAUUCCUGAGAAUGAUGUUUACCCAGUGUAA